AUGUGUUGCUCGUGCGGCGUCAAGAGCGACAAGCCCGGCCAGGGUUGGGCCAAGUACACGGUGAUCAACAAAGGGAAGGAGUCUGAGCGCCGUGAGCCUAUUGAAGAUCUUUGUGACAUUUGCCCGCUCGGGGUGGUACAUGGCCAGUUCGACUUCGCGUCCAAGUCUGGCUUGGAGUCUGCGGUCCGCUCAAACCCUAGCGUUGGCGCUAGGGUCCACGCGGCCGGCCUGGCGGCCAAGGACAAGGGCCUCGGCAAGCAGACGUUCCAGAUGCAGAGCGCCGAGGAAGUGACCAGCACGACGGCCGAGCUCGUCCAAUGGGGCAAGCUAAUCGACAAAGAUCAGUUCUCAACCCAGUUCGGCUUCGACCCGGAGACCAAGGACAUCAAAGAGAGCAGCAUCGAGGGCCGUUACGGGACCAAAGCGGGCUAUUGCGUCGAGGACGUCGAGGCUGGGUGCCAGAUCCGCUUCAGCACGACGUUUCAGGUCAGUGGGGCGGCCACCACUGUGCCGCCAGAGCGCCAGGUUCGUGAGAACCAAGGUAUGGACGUCUUCAAGCGCGGCGCUUUCAAGGUGGUCGGGACCGAGGGCAUGCAGGUCACGCCGUACUCCGCCGCCGACCUGGAUAUUAUCAAGCGGGAGGUCCUUGCCGAGCAGGACCGCGCGAUGCAGGACUUCGCAGCGGCCAACGCCCAGGCCCCCGAUGGAUCCGCCAUGACCGACGAGGAGCCUAUGGAGGUUGAAACCAUGGAGGUGAUGCUCGCCGACGAAAACGAGGAGGAGGCCGCGGCGCCCCCCAGCAAGGGCUCGGGCGGCCGUGGCCGCAAGGGGAAAGCAUCGAAGAUGGCCCGAUCCUCGUAUUCUGAGAAGGUCCCGAGACCCGGCGGUGGCGGUGGCCAGCUUCCGAAGGGGCAGACCUACAUCAACAAGGUCGCCGACAUCCAUAGCAUCUUGGAUGGCAGCUACACCCCCAACAUGGACUUGUACCAGCUGCGACGGCUGAUGAACUCGCUGACUGGCGAGGAUGGCAGGGUCUCCGACCCUGGACUCUUCCAGCAGAUGAAGUCAGCAUCGGAGCUCGCGGCGCACGCCAAGGAGAUGGCGCCCACCAGGCUCAUGCUGCUGGACGACGCGACGCUCAAGGUCAGCCUCAAAGCGCUGAAGUCCAGAGGAGUGAUACUGCAGCUGGUGACCAAGAAGGGCUUGUGGCAUCGCCAGGUCGUCGCGGCCGUCAAGGACCUGAACUUCCAGAAGCUCAGUCAGCUGUUCCUCGGCUCCCCCAGCGGCUCCAGCGACGAGGCGAGGGCUUGCCGAAAUGAGCAGGAGGAUCCGAAGAGUCAGAUGAGGAGCAAGAUGGGGCUGGGGCCCGGGGACAGUACGUGGCCUACCUUGAUGUCAGAGAUCGAGAUCCAGGACCGCGUCGAGUGUCUCUCGUACGUCAUCGUCGACCUCGUACUCUUGCCAGUGGUGGUAGCGGGCAGCAUGCAGGGCUACACCCAGAAGGUGCUGCAAUGCUGCAAGGUCGUCCUGGAUAUUCUCACGAACAACCAGGAGCUCGUCCAGAUCAAGACGUGCUGCAGAGGCGUGGCUGCCAUCCUCGACCCGCUGCCAGGUGCCUGCGGAUCUGAGCCGGCGGACGUCGAGUUCGUCUGGGCUGAGGAGGAGGAGGGGGGCCACCACGACGACCCUUCCGAGCACCAGAAGCGCAUGACACUGCUCCGCAAAGCGAUCACCGGGGAGGCGACCAUCAAGGCUCUCUAUGCUCAGUGGGAGGCCUCUCUCUUGUUACCCGACCAGACCGGCGAGGUGGCCAACCUCAGGACAGCCGUGGACGCUCUCAAGGGUGACACCGCCGACGCAAACAAGUUCCGAGAUGUCUUCAAGUUGAUGCCUAAGUUGCAGAUGAACCUCCGCGAUGGGGCCCUGCAGGACAUCGAGACUGAGGUCAUGUCCUGCGUGGCGGAGCGCGUCAAGGAGAUCCAGGGCAUUGACCAGAUGGAAGGUGACCGCCAGGCGCGUUGCUUAGCAGAAUUCUACCCCGACGCUAACGCAUGCAUGAUUGGGUGCAAGCCUGGUGCCUUCAAGACUUCUCUGAAGAAGGAGUUGGGCGUGCUCGCGCCAUUGCAGGCGGCCUCGCAGUCCCUUCAAAUGGUCGUUGCUCUCGACAACGCGUGCAAGAGCAUUGAAGAAGGCCCUGGGGGUGGAGUCAUCCCGGCGGAUUCGGUCGAUGAGCAGGGCCGCAUCAACGAUGACUGGGCCAAACUCUUUGAAGCCAGGAAGGCUUGCCACGGCCAGAAGAUCCCACCGCUUGCUGGCGACGACGACCAGAGGAACAUUUCGAUCAGAGCCUUCUACCGCCGUAUUUGGGAUAUCAUCCAGAGCCAACCAUUCAGCGAGUGGCACGGCCUCGACGCUUGUCGGAUCAAUCUCGUCAAGGACAUCGGCGACAUGCUUCCUCAAGAAGAGCGUGCCAAUGGCUCUGACAUUGCUUUCCAGAUGGCCAUCCGCAUCGUCGAGAUCCACUCCAUCAUGGUAUUCCUGGGGAUGUGCGAGCCAGAUGCCAAGAGCCAGGAGGUCGACAAGCUCACGCGCACCCUCGCGCUGGCGCCCAUCAAGGCCCCCGCUGAGGACGACGCAGAAACGAUCCGCAUGCUUAGGAGUCUGACUGAUGGCCUACGUCAGGUGAAGCAGGACGCCAACGACCUCCGCGUUCGCCUCAUCUGCGAGUUCUUAGCCGCGGCUGCAACUGACAUCGAGACGAUCCAGGCGAAGCUCACGAAGAACGCUUACGGCGGCAAGAACGGUCAUUCAUGGAAGCAGCCGUUGAACGCCAAUUCGCCCAUCGCCGAGGUCCGCGAGGCGGGGGACAAGCAUCUCUUAAAGUUAAACGGCCAGGAUAUGAUCGACGACUGGAAGAAGGGACUGGAAGUCGUCAGGGCGGCCCAGAAGCUGGUGGCGAAGUACAAGGACGUCGAUGGCGUGAAGGAGUCUAGGGCGUUGAAGGGUACCGACGAGGCGAUCAAGCAGUGUUUCGUUGUGGUGAGGGUCGCCAGGGUCACGAUCACGGAGGCGCAGCUGCUUAACUGCGAGGGUGAUCCUUCGAAGGAGGAUGCCAAGAAAUGGGUGAAGCUCCUGGCGUCUUGCGGCGCAGAUCCCUCAUCCAUGCACCCAGUGUUGUACGCGAUGUUGCAGAAGGUGCUCCAGGCCCAGGCCUGA